AUGGCGUCGUCGACAACCUCCUCGAUGGGCCGCUUGCGGUUGGCCCAGCACCUCCGCGCCUCUGCCCAGCCGACGGCGGUGAGAAGCUCUUGCAUUGCUACCCGCACCUUCGCAUCAUCCUCACGACUUCGCAAAGACGGCGACGAACCACAAGGCCAUCUCCCCGGUCAUCCCUCCUCGGUCUUCCUCACUUCGCUCAACGAUAGCUUCUUCGACAGCGUUCGGCCUAAGACACUCUCGGGCAAUAAGAAUGCCAAAGGCGGCAUCCCUACCUACCGUCUCAUGGAUGGUGUCGGGCGCCUCCUACCAGGCGUCACCGACGAGACGGUCAACAUCACCGAAGCCGAAGGCGUCAAGAUGUACCGCACCAUGCUGCUCCUCCCGCAGAUCGACGUCAUCCUCUACAACGCGCAACGUCAAGGUCGAAUCUCGUUCAUGAUGACCUCGUACGGCGAGGAAGGAGCUGUCAUUGGCAGUGCAGCGGGUCUCGACGGGAAGGAUGAGGUGUUUGCCCAGUAUCGAGAGUCAGGCGUGCUGCUGUGGCGCGACUUUUCCAUCGACCAUUUCAUGUCGCAAGUGUUUGGAGCCGAGGACGACCUGUGCGGGGGCAGGCAGAUGCCCAUCCACUUCGGUAGCACGCAGCAUCACUUUCAUACCAUCAGCAGUCCGCUCGCGACACAGAUCCCGCAGGCAGCGGGUGCAGGAUACGCUCUCAAGAGGACAAAGGGCAGAGAGAACAAUGUCGUCAUUUGCUACUUUGGCGAAGGUGCGGCCAGCGAGGGUGACUUCCAUGCUGGGAUGAACCUAGCCAGUACCACAAAGAGCCCAGUCAUCUUCUUCGUCCGCAACAAUGGCUACGCCAUCUCGACACCCGCGGCCGAGCAGUUCCGCGGCGACGGUAUCGCCUCCCGCGGCCCAGGCUAUGGCAUGCUCACCAUCCGUGUCGACGGCAACGACGCCCUUGCCGUCCGCUCCGCUGUCCAAGCGGCCAAGGCCAAAGCAUUGUCCGAGCAGCGACCUGUGCUCAUCGAAGCCAUGACCUACCGAGUCGGCCACCACUCGACAUCCGACGACUCAUCCGCCUACCGCUCCAAGCAAGCCGUCGAAAGCUGGAAGCAGAUGGACAAUCCCUUGCACCGCAUGCGCAAUUUCCUCACUGACCGAGGGUGGUGGCACGACGAGCUGGAAGAGCAGACCAAAGUGCAACACCGCAAGACGGUCAUCGAGGCGAUGGGGAGGGCCGAGAAGAAGAAGAGGCCGCAGCUGAGCAGUCUGUUUGAGGGGACAUAUCGAGGCGAGAUGCCAGGCAAUCUCAAGGAACAACGCGCUGAGCUCGCCGAGCUGCUGGAAAAGUACGGCUCGUUACCCGGCUGGUCGAAGGAGAUGGCCAAACACGCCAACGCAGGAAAGGACAUGGAACAGUACCGCAUCAAGAAGUAG